CCAUCUCUACCUUAUUCUCUUCUAAUUCGCCACUCACUCUUUCGACCUACAGCCCAACAUGCGCAGUCCCGUCAUCGCCUUCGGCAUUCUCGCCGCCACCGUCAGCCCAACUCUCAUCGCCGCUGCACCCGCCACCCCGCCGAUCCCCGGCGCGGGUGCUGUCACCAAUGUCCCACACAGCGUACCUCUCGAUGCGGCGCGUGUUCCACCCCUGCCCAACACCAAUCCGCUGGGCUUCGUCAACGGCGGGCUCCAAACGGGCAGUAAUCACAAGCGUGCAGAUAACCCAGAAACCGCAGGUGGUAACGCUCGCACCGGUGACACUCAGAGCUCCGACGGCGGUAGUGUCGCAAACAUUGGCGACCCCGACAGUACCAUCACCAACGACGACUCGAACUUCGGCGGUGAUGCCGACACUAGUAUUUCUGGAGAUGCCACGGGUGGUAACGGUCGCGGUUUUGGACCAGGAGGAAACGCCUUCACAGGCAACUCUGGCACAGCUCGUGGGGGAUCGGUGUUCAACUCGGGCGGUAGUGUCGAUAGCACCGAUGGAUCGAAUGUCCCCGGUGCUGGAAACGUUUCCGGCACUGGUGAUGCAAUUGGUGGCGAUGCCGCUUUCAAGAAGCGUGCCAUUGACUCGGACACUGCCGGCGGUAAUGCACACUCCGGUUCUUCCAGCAACACAUCGAGCGGCUCGGUCUUCAACGAGGCUGAAGACGAUGGCGAGAUCACGAACACGGCGUCGAACGAAUUUGGUGGGGACAACGCCGGUGAUUCUUUCAGUGGCGACGCGAUUGGAGGUAGCGGCAAGGACCGUGGUCCUGGCGGCAAUGCAAGCUCCGGUGGCGCUGGGGCAUCCAACGGCGGCAGGAUCGUUAGCGAAGGCGGAACCGUGACCAACACUGAUGCCAACACGGCCUCCAACGGCGGCACUUCUACUAGCGGUGAUGCGAUUGGUGGCGACGUCGCGAAGCGUGCGUUCGACCAGAACACCGCCGGCGGCGAUGCCCACACGGGCGACUCGUCAAAUGUAAACGGCGGCGACGUCGUGAACACCGCGGAAGAUGAUGGUACCGUGACAAACGCGGAUUCGAGUUUCGCUGGAAACGGCGGUGACACUACAACUGGUACUGCACUUGGUGGCAACGGUGACGACCGAGGCCCGGGUGGAAAUGCCUCGUCUGGAAACUCUGGCAACGCCCGCGGCGGCAACGUCGGCAACUUUGGCGGUAACGUCGACAAUACCGGCGGCUCGAACAUUGCUGGUACCGGCGGCACCAGCACCACUGGCGACGCCAUCGGCGGCAACGUCUCGAGCGACGGCCUUGAUGAUGAAGACGACGGCCUCGACGAUAGCGACGUCCCCGACUUCGGGCGCAAGUAG